GCGGGGCGCCUGCCCACCCUCGACUCGCUGGGGGCCGGCCAGCCGCUCCCGGCGCCGCAGGCAGGUUCCGGAGAGACGGGCCGGCCGAGCCCGGGGCGGGGGGCCGGGGGCGCUGCCCCGGGCCGGCGCCUCGCCGCUCCCCGCCCGGUGUGUGACCCCCUCCCUGCAGCAAAGCCAGCUCCGUCCAAGAGGAACUAAGGCGCCGGUACCGCCGCGUUACAGGCCGAGGUGGCGAGGGCUCGGGCCGCUCCCGCCCCGCGGGCGCCGGUUGCGGGAGGGAGCGGAGCCUCCCGGAGCAGCUGGCGGAGGGGACCCAAGCCCGGAGGUGGGGUGGCGGCGUUAGCGGCUUCACUGGCAAGAGCCCUUCAGAAGAUGAGACCUCUGCCAGUGAAUUACUGACGCCUGCUUGUAGAGCAGAUUUGCAGCUGAUUGUUCACAUGUGUCCAGGGGGAGAUGAAGUACACUGGAUCCUGCAUAGUUUGGCUUUGUAUGGCAGUCUUCCUCCUCCUUCCUGUUUCUACUUCUGUGGCUGUCAGUGACCAGACAGGUGCUGUGUGUCCUUUAAUGAAAACAGUUGUCCAUCAUCUCAAACAAAUCAACAGAGGCAGUCGUGAUGUUUCAGGGUUUGAUCUGGCAGAAAGCUUUUCUUUGAGGCAAACAUCUUGUGGAGGGGAAAAAAUCUGCUUUAAACUGGGAAGUGCACCUCUCGUCAGAGACACAAAGCAAGUAUUUCCAAAUGGGCUUCCUGAAGAAUACGCUCUAGUUGCUACGUUCCGUGUACGGCGAAAUACCAAGAAAGAGCGUUGGUAUAUAUGGCAAGUUUUAAAUCAGUAUGACACACCUGAGAUCUCUGUCCUUCUGGAUGGUACAAAAAAGGUUGUGGAGUAUAUGACCAAGUCUGCUCAGGGAAAUAUACUGCACUACACUUUUAAGAGUCGAGAAAUUUAUCCAUUGUUUGAUCGACAGUGGCAUAAGCUUGGUAUUAGCGUGCAGUCGGGGAUCAUUUCCCUCUAUUUGGAUUGUAAUUUAAUUGAGAGAAAGCAGACUGAUGAAAAAUUCACCAUUGACUUGCAGGGAAGGACUCUGAUUGCUUCUCGCGCUGCAGAUGAUAAGCCUGUAGAUAUUGAACUUCACCGCAUAACAGUUUAUUGUAAUCCAAAACUUGCAAUAGAAGAUACGUGUUGUGAAAUAUCUGCAGACCUGUGCCCACGUGAGGAGAGGUUACUUGCUACGACUUCAUCACCAGUGACUGUUUAUGCCAGCAAAAUAUACACACUUCCAGGAAUGCAGCAAGAAUCUAGAGAGAGAUGCCACUGCUUUCCAAAUAAAGGAGAAGCAGGAUUGCCAGGAGUAGCUGGUUUGCCAGGCCAGAAAGGAGUUAAAGGUGAAAAGGGUGAAAUGGGCAUGAAAGGGCAGGAUGGUGUUCCUGGUCUUCCUGGCGAAAAGGGGGAAGCUGGCUUAGUAGGUGCUCCUGGCAUGCCUGGUCUUACUGGUUCCAAGGGAGAACGUGGCUUUGCGGGGAGUAAAGGUGAAGAAGGUGAAAAAGGCGAAAAAGGAGAUAAAGGAGAACCAGGACCAGAAGGCAUUCAUGGAAGAGAGGGACUAAAAGGUGACCCUGGUAGUCCAGGUGUAGCUGGUCCUAAAGGAGAAAAGGGAGAUGCAGGACCUCCAGGACCAGCUGCCUUGAGUGGUUUGCCAGGGCUGGAGGGUCCCGAAGGUCCACCUGGCAAAGAAGGUCAAAGGGGAAGACGAGGCAAACCAGGCCUCCCAGGAAAACCGGGGCCACCAGGACCUCCUGGUCCUUCUGGACUAAAAGGAAUUCUGGAUUCAUUGAACAAACAUUAUAAUGAGAGUGAUACAAGACUACUAGGAUUACUUGGGAGCCCUGGACCUAAAGGCCAGAAGGGAGACGUUGGUCAAAAAGGAGAAUUGGGAAUAACCGGUGCAAAAGGAGAAAAGGGAGAGCCUUCUGAAAAAGGGGACAAGGGAGAUCCAGGAGAAACUGGAAUGGAGGGAUCAAAAGGAAAUAAGGGUGAAACAGGAGACCCAGGACCACCUGGUCAUAUUGGAAAUCCAGGAUCAAAGGGACUGCAAGGACCUCCAGGACCUGCUGGACCCAGGGGAGAGCCAGGAGAAGUUGGCUUACCAGGAGAGCAUGGGGUGCCGGGAAACCCAGGAGUUAAAGGAGACAAGGGAGACCCUGGUGGGAUUAUGGGACCCCCUGGACAUCCAGGUCCAAAAGGUGAUGUGGGGCCUCCUGGACCAAGUCUGCCUGGAACACCAGGUCCCACUGGUAUUCCUGGAAACCCAGGUCCACGGGGACCAAAGGGAGAAAGAGGACUACCUGGUGUACAAGGAGCACCUGGGGAGAUGGGGCCCCCUGGAAUAGGCAUUCAGGGAUCACCAGGUCCUGUAGGUCCAACUGGAUCAGCAGGUAUGCAGGGACCUAGGGGACCCCCAGGAUUACCAGGAACUCCAGGUACCCCUGGUAUUAAUGGCACUCCAGGAAGAGAUGGAAAGCCAGGACUACCAGGCCCUCCAGGUGAUCCUAUUGCGCUGCCACUUCUGGGAGACAUGGGUGCUAUACUGAAGGGUGACCCUGGCACUAGAGGUCCUCCAGGCAUCCCUGGUAGAGAAGGGCCAAAAGGAAGCAAAGGUGAACGUGGAUUUCCUGGGCUUGCUGGAGAGAAGGGCGAUGAGGGCCUUCAAGGUGCUCCUGGACUGCCAGGCGUACCAGGACCCAGUGGACCAUCUGGAGUCGCAGGAAGACCUGGACAUCCUGGUCCAGCAGGAUCAAAAGGCGAGAAGGGUAGUGAAGGUUCUCCUGGGAAACCUGGACCACCUGGGCCCCCGGGUAUGCCUUACAAUGAAAGAAAUGGAAUGAGCAGCUUAUAUAAACUCCAGGGAGGUGUGAGUGUCGCUAGUUAUCCAGGUCCACCAGGACCUCCGGGUCCAAAAGGAGAUCCUGGCACAGCGGGAGACCCAGGACCAAUGGGAUUACCAGGACUGGAAGGACUCCCAGGGGAAAAGGGUGACCGUGGACCAGCUGGCACACCAGGAGUAGCAGGGACACCGGGAAAGCCAGGAUCUCCCGGGUCUCCAGGGAUGCCAGGGGAACCUGGUGAAAGAGGACCUAUAGGAGAUAUAGGCUUCCCUGGACCAGAAGGGCCACAAGGAAAACCAGGAAUCAAUGGAAAAGACGGAUUGCCAGGUCCUCCGGGUUCUGUGGGGAGACCAGGAGACAGAGGACCCAAAGGAGAACGUGGAGAUCAGGGUAUUCCAGGGGACAAAGGUCCACAAGGUGAACGAGGGAAACCUGGACCAUCAGGAGAAAAGGGAGAUGUGGGUCCUACUGGGCCACCAGGAGACAGAGGCUAUCCAGGAUCACCAGGUCAUCAAGGUCCCCCAGGUUCACCAGGACCCCCAGGGUUUCCGGCUGAUACAGUUUCACUUGAAGAAAUAAAAAAAUAUAUCAAACAAGAGGUUCUUAAGGUUUUUGAAGAAAGGAUGGCUCAGUUUGUAUCCCAGCUGAAGCUGCCUGCUGCAAUGCUUGCCUCCCAGGCUCAUGGAAAACCAGGGCCCCCAGGAAAAGAUGGGUUACCAGGGCCACCAGGAAAGGAUGGUUUGCCAGGGCCACCAGGAGAACGUGGAAUUCAAGGUUAUAGAGGACAGAAAGGGGAAAGAGGCGAGCCUGGAAUUGGACUGCCCGGUAACCCUGGACCACCCGGCCCUGCAGCUACUGGCCUACCAGGCCCAGCGGGAACACCAGGCUCACCCGGACCGCAGGGGCCACCUGGACCCAACGGAAGAUGCAAUCCGGCAGAUUGCUAUUACCACAUAUCACAGACUCGGUCACGCACCAGCGGGAAAUAAAAACCCUCUCCCGUAGACACUUGGGUUCACAGUCACUUUUCACUCCUCUCAAUCAGUUAAUUUCAUCUUUGAAAUACUUGGUGCAUUUUUUUUCCCUUCGACACUGCCCGGUAUAUAGAUAAUUUAUGAGGCACAGAAUUGAGCCUUUUUCUAUGUUAUAUGCGGUGUCGUAAUUAAGAAACGAUGACAUAUAUUUUCCAGAGUGCAUUCCAUGUGUUAUGUUUCUCGUAUUUAUUUUGCGUAGGGGACAAAAUAGGCCCAAAUAAUUUUCAAAAGCUUCUUUCUUCAAACAAAAAAUAUUUUAUUAUAACUUGAGACAGUAUGUAUGCCUCAGUAUGUAAGCUGGCUUUAUUAUUUUGGCUGGUGGUGAAGUUUAAGGAGAAAAUGCAGUUCUGAAGUUUUAAGGUGUACCCGUUCGUGGCGAAUGCAGGACCUGAGCUGGAGCACUGGGAACUCUGUUUAGACUAAAUGUUCGCAUCCUUUGAGGAGACUCUGGCACACCUUCUGAACCGGGUCCAUGUCGUGCACCACAAACGCUACCCACCAUUUCAGUCACUUCCUAGAUGUUGAAGAAGGAAACGAAGAUGUCUUUAUGUUGUUGCUAAUCCCAUCCAACGUCUAGCUUCAGACUGACGGGAAAUUUGCCAGAUAUAGCUCCGAGAAGUGUCUUUCCUAACUGGAUGUUGUCCCAGCUGAGGGCUUGUACAUUCAUUUAGUCAUGGUUAUGUAUACUUCAGAUAUUAAACCGUUAGGAGCUGGUGGUGGUGUUCCCAGCUGAGAACUGGCACGUCUUCUAACCAUUAUGUGGACCUAGUAAGUGUAGCAUCAGUGUCUGUAACCAAGCUGCUCUGCCAUUAUCUCUGCUUACAGCAAAGAUGACCUCUUGCUUUAGAGCAGAGGUGGUGGGUACACAGUGAGACAAAGAAGGAACUUCGCAAGCCUCUUAUCUUAUGGAUGGCACAGUUUUUCUCUUCCUCCUGCAACAAUUGUGUGCCAAAAUAAACUUCAGAAGAACAUGGAAACAGUAGAAUGCAAAGCUCACAGGUCCUGUAACUGGUUGCGAAAAAUUGAGCUCAAGAGAAAUUUGGAAAAAUUACGAAACCCUCCUUGGAAAGGUGUACUACGGAGAGCACGGCUGCGUGCAGUUCACAGGCAUUGAGUAAAUCCUACAGGACCAGACAUUGUCAAUGAAGAACAAAACAGAACAAAGCGAAAAUCCUAUAGAGCUCAAAGGGUUGAGAAAAAGAAAGGAUGAAGAAAAUUAAUUGGAUAGAGGGUGAUUCUGAAAAGGAGGGAGGAGGGUUGACUGAAGUUUCACUCCUAAUCAUUAGGAAACAGAUGAUCCUAGGUAAGUCCUAAGGAAUAUGCUGCACUGCAGUAGAAAGUGAAGGUGCUAUUGAGAGAACAUGGACAGCUAUAACCCACAACCUCAAAAUAACCCUGUAGUACCAAAGCAGCAGUGAGGGCUCUUGCCGCACCAUUAGGAAGCCAGUUGUUCUCUCCCACUUCAGGCUGGUAAGUGGUUCUGUGCUUGGGCAGUGCUGAGCUACUAGGGAAGUGUUCCCAAAUCGGAAGUGCUGGGUUCCAGAGAAGCUGUUUUGAGGCAUUAAUCUGACUGACAUCUGGUUUUUCCUUAAAAACAGUAAGGAAUGAAUUGUGGGGGUCUUAAAAAAAAAAGAAAAAAAACCUAUUGGUUCUGAAUAGACUUCCUAGCACAUGUACCCAGUCCAGAGCAAGAGGUAAUAGAGUUAACGCACGUAGCUGGGAGCACAGGCAAGCCUUAGCCACGCUUUCUGAGAGAGAAAACAUACCCUAAGAGCAACCUCAGAGUGCUACUUAAUGUGCUCAGCAGUUAGGUGUUUUGAGGGAAGAAGGUGCUUGGCACAAGAAUGAUGUUUGAGUAAACACAGAGAUGGAAGGCUGAGAGUAAACACUCGUAACAGGAGAGGGCAGCAGGAAGGAGGAUAGCAGCAACCUGUGGCCUACCAUGAAACCAUCCCCUGCGGGAAUCUGUGAGCUCUAAUACACCCUGCAGCGGGGGACCCCUUGGGGAGGUCAGGGUGCUUCGUCUGUCCCUCGUGAGGAUGGGAUGGACAGGUCAAAGUCCACGGGUGAACUACAGUCCUCACACCUCCUUUUCUGCUCAUCCUCGCUGUCCCUCAGAGGCAGUAACUGCCCCUUCUCUAGGCCAGCGCAUCCUCCGCUCUGCGGGCAGUGGCACCCGUCCCACUCGGGGGAAGGUGCAGUUGGCAUGAGGGGUUCCGCCGUUCCAGACCUCCUGUGCCCACGGAGCACGUCUUGGUUUGCUCUGUGGUAUUGACCGCCUUUGCAGAACUGGUCCUUAGAGCACCGCAGCUGUGCGAACACUGGGAACUGGUGGGGCAGCUUGAAAACGAGUGACUUGUCUGUCCUGAGGCACCUGCUGCUGUCCGGGCCAUGGGUCUGCCAUCUGCCAGCCCAGCGAGUAAAGCCAGGGGCAUUGCACCGACGUAUACGUUGGUGUAUAUGUGUAUAUACACCAACGGGAGGACCGGGCCCAACAUACUGUUUUCCAUUCAGUCAAAUGAACUGCUGGUCAGGUAUCUUGCAUGAACGUUUUUUUCACUGAUUUCUUUUUACUUCUUUAGUAAUUCCAAUAUAUGUAAAAAUCUAAAUAUUUUUUUACCUUCUAAGUUAAUUUUAAACUUCAUUUUCUGUGAUAAUAACAAAAAGGGUGCUGACCUGUAAAGAGUAUCUGCGUGACUGAGAGGUUUCCAAGCAGCCGCCAUCCUGGAAGGCUGUGCGUAGACUAUUGCGCCGCAUUAGUGGUAUGUGUAUAUUUUGGGGCUUUUAGCUAGCUGAAACCGAGCAUCUGUUAUUUGCUGGAUGCAAUUGCUGUAUGUUAAUUUACUUGAACUUAUGAGAAAGCAGAACACUUUUUAUAUUUGAAGAAGUUUUAUUUUUUCAUCUUGUUUCCUACAGAUGCCUUUUUAUAGGCUCAAAUCUAAAGGUCUUUUUAAAAGGUAUUUGAACACUUUGAAUUUAUUUGCAGGGAACUUUGGUGAUUAUCUUAUUGCAUUUUUUAAUUAUUUUGCUAAAAGCCCAUUUUAAUUUUCUCACGUGAGAAAACGGGUAUUUUGUUAUACGGGCUAUCUCAACACCUUUUUAAAGAUGCCGCGUUCUUCACUGGGGUAGAACAGAGUUAAUGCCAGCUUAACUUUACUUCACACUGGCUUGCUCCUACUCUGUAUUUUUAGAAUUGAAAGCAGAAUGUAGCUGGAAACAUGCUUCUGCAUGGUUUUCAGGUUUGGCCCCUGAAAUUUCUUUGCAGUUUCAGACUGAUGUUGUCUUAAAGAGUUUUUGGGAAGGGGGCCAGGGAGGGCAGAGUGAUGCUAAUCUGUUUUGCCAUUUGCUUUAUCAGUUUCGUAUCUGUUUUGAGCAGUCUGUGCUGCAGUCGGCAUUGCAAGGAGCUAAACACGGAGGAUUAUUUUUUCCUGUAGCACAAGAUAUUCUUCUAAUUUGGGAAUGUUUACGUACAACAGGACUUUGAACUGAAAUAUCUUCGACAUAAUGUUUUAAACCUUUCUUAAAACUCUCUAAGCUUUGUUCUAGUUCAGGGUCAGAUUACAUUUUAUGGCAAGCUGCGUUAUCAUCUACUAAGAACAUGUUGGGAUUUUCUUCCAAUAGCUAUGUACAGAACUACCCGGUUUGCCUAAGGAAAGUAACAAAAUCGGUGAGAGGGAAACUUUUCUGAGGCUGCAACAUACCUCCUUUUGUCCACACGGUGGAGUUCAAGACAUCUUUUCAGUACAAAAGAGAAAGCCCAGGCUGAACUCGCCCAGCAGCACAAGAAAUGACCCAGUGCUGCGUAGGCUCACAGCACAAGAGUCAGUGUUUCUAAUUUUGUUCUUGAGCCUGACUUUUUUUUUUUUCCUCCUAAAAUGCUUUUCUUUUUGCAUGGUAGUGUUUGCAGAAAUACUGCCUUUCUUGGAUAAUUAUUUUCAGGUAAUAUUGCUUAGCUUUUAUUUGUGUUUUGUAUAUAUACACUGUAUAGAAGAACAUGCAUUAGCGGGACAUCCUGCUUUCAGGUAUCAUUUAUGUCCACUGUAACGAUAUUUGUCUCCAGGGGAGCAGGGAGCCCGCGAUGGUUAAUAACAAUUACAGGAGCAUACUUUCUAUGGUCAAGUAGCAGUGCAGCCUACUUAGUGAUGUUUUAAGAACCAAUACUUUUGUCUUAAACUGGAUUUGGUUUCAACGCUAAAAGAGCACUGUGUAUCAUCCAUCCUCCCUUAUGAUUUAUGAUUGUGGAUUAUGGCAGAUGUUAGAUAUGCACAGCUUUGCUCAAUAAGUGUAUUUUUUAAAUCAAUGGGUAACCAUAUGAAAUAUUUUGGCGCUUCUUUUUCACAAGGGUGAAACACUAUUUUUCCUGUCAGUGUUCACCCAAGUUUUUUCUUCUUUUCUGUAAUGUUUACAUAAAAGUCUUGUAAAAACCCCAUGGGCUAAACUAACAUUUUAUAAACUUGUUUCUCCAAAUAUACUACGUAAAGCCACCCCCUAACCUUGCAUUUUACCAAUGCAAUAGACUGCUGCUCUAACGUGACAUGUCAGAACAUGAGAAAUAUCUCAGGAAUCAAAACAGUGUUGGUUUGGAGGUUUUUUAUCAUGUUUUUUGUUAGAUUCUGGGUGUGCUGAGUCAUAUAAAUUUUUCUUGAAAUCUGUUAUGUCUGCUGCAGCUACGUUGUACUGGAUGGAUGAUUAAAUCCAUCUGCAUGUAUGUAGAUGGGUAUAGGCCAUGGAGAACAAGUUUAACGGUGGCCUUGCCUUGGUUGGUGUUUGAGUGGAAAACUCAAGCUUCACAAUACCUUAAGGAAAUGUGGCUUUCAAAUAUGAAUUGCUAGCAAACACUACAGGUUCUAGACCAAAAUAAGUUUGUAGCUAAAAAGAAUGUAGUCUACAUUUCUUUUAGAAGUUUUAUCUCCGAGUCUGCUGUUCUACAAACAUGAAUGCAUUUAAUUCUUUACUGAUGUUUCAGUGUAAAUAUAUUGUCUCCAGUCAUUAUAUUUGAAGGAUUUUCAAUGACAUACCUUAUUAUUUUCUUUCAUUUCUGAAUGAUACGCAGCUGUCACUGAAUGAAUCACAGUACGUGCCAACUGUUUGCUUCUUUCCUUCAUUAUAUUUUUGGUUUGCAACACUUAACGGUUCGGUUCAAUGGAAAUGUAUUAAGUGGAUAGAAAAUUGCUUUUUACAUUAUUAUGUGGCCAUUUACAUCAGAAAUAGGAUUCUGGAUGGAAAUGGAAAUGUUUCACAUACUUUCUGUAUGUGGUUCUGUCAGAAAUGACAACCUUUCCUUCCAUGUCAAAUCACGAGAGGGAGGAUGCAACUGCAGGCGAGAGAAAGGAGAGGCACAAAGCCACUGCAGCGAGCCCUGGGGAGUGUUCAGCACCGGGACUGCAAGCCUGCGCUGGCUGAAUACAGGGUGGGGUUUUGCUUUUGACCACACCAAGGUCAGGCUUGUGAUUCCUACAGGCUGGUGAAACUUAGGGCUCCACAGUCUGGAGGGGAAAAAAAAAAGGUGAAAAACCUUGGCACAUAUAUAUAUGUAUAUAUAAAAUUUAUGGAAGUUAAUAUAAUCUCUGAAUCAAAUGCAGAUAACUUUCCUGUCUGAAUUUGAGAUAACUACUUUUAUUCAAGAAACAGAUUCACUCAACUCUUUAACCUCAGGUAACUUUAGGUAUUUUCAUUGUUCUUUUGCUGCCUAACUUUCCCAGGAGAAAAAAAGAACUCCCAGAUCAAUGGCAUUUUAAUGGAUGCCAGGUAAUAAUUUGAUGACUAACAUGACCUUUUUUCCUUCAAAUUUGAUAGUGGCUUCAGCAGGCUUGCUUCGUAUGUUGUCUAAAGCUGCCACAGUUGUACUAGUCCUUUUGAAUGCAUGCACAUCAAGCAAAACAGCGCAGUAAAACAAAGAUUAUGGGGAAUAAAACUGAACCUGUAACAAAUCAGAUGGGAGUAGCGUGCCCUAAAAAAUAAAGCCAUGUCUUCUUUACCUGUGAUCUGUGAAUAGAGGAGAUGCAGUGACUCCAUUUCAAGUGUAAAGGAACGAGAAACUACAUGGCCGAAUAAGAACACAGGGAUGAGCAGGUCAAGCAAACACAUUUCACCCAAUUAUUAAAAACAUUUGCAAAAAUGCAGCACGUGUUUGUACACACAGCACAACUGCUAGGCUCUGCUAGGAGGAACCAACACUGCUGUCUCUGAAACUAAGGGACUUGGUUUCUUGUUCGCUCUGCCUUUCACGUAACCUUGCCAGCACCACCUCUUGACACUUUCCCUUUUUGUUUUUGAAGGAAGAGCAAAUUUUAAUUGUAGGUACGUGUUUGGCUCUGUGUAGACUCCGAUCACAACUAGGGUAUUCAGGGAAGCAAAAUCUAGAGGAAUCCUCCCCAGCAUUGCUUUCUUACCUCAUUUGGGUACUCCAACAUGUGCUCUGGAGCCGUGGCUUAUCCUGUGGCUAGAGGGACACUUUGGCCUUUGCAAAAUAUUCACAAAGGGCUUUUGGUAGCAGGUUGUACUUGGUCGCUCGAACCCAGCAAUGGCUGUCACAGAAAACUUCCUAUAUAUAUACACUUAUAUAAACCAUGUACGUAUCAUACACACACACACAUAUAUAUGUGUAUCUCAGUGCAGUAUUCAGCAGCAGCCUUACUAAUACUUGUUAGCAGCCUAAUAGGAAAAGCACUGCAGUCACCAGUUUAAAAUACCAGAUUAGAUUGUGAAGAACUGGUUAUCAUUUUGAGGACAGUUGUUAAAACAUUUUUCUCUUGGUUCCUGCCUACGCUUAAGUCAAAUAAUUGGGGAAAUAAAAUAUAUAUUUAUCACAGUGCAGUUAAACCUCAAGAAUUGGGAGUGGCAGCAGAGAUCCUGAUGGGUAAAAGUGAUUUUCAUUAGUCUUUCGUUCAAAAAAACUCACAGUAUUUUGUAAUGUUGAACCAGAAAGAGAUGAGAACAAGAUUCACUCGGGAGUUCACUGAGGUUCCAGGAGCACCUGGUUAGAAUGGGUAACAUGCUGCCAGUGGCUUGUGAAACCUCUCAAUCUCUUUGCUUUGUGCCUUCUAAAUAUAUUGAUUUAAAGUGGCACCAUUUUCUGCUGUAUCACUAUAGUUGAUACACUUUUCUUUUAAAUUCAUAAUCCUGCCUUUAUUUUCCAAAUCUUCAUUUACUUGAAUGUGCUGUAACUAAAAUUCAGUUCCAGGUAUUUUUUGGUAUACGGUCUGCCGUUCUUCAGGUAAAAUUUUUCCGCUCUUGCAUGAGAUUUGGAAUUAGUAAAUACUUAGAUUAACCAAUGUGUCCCACACCAACUUACAACGGGCCUGAGGAUUUAUCCUUCACUUCUGUAUUUUAAGCUAAAACUCAUGAGUCAGCUUGAAGGCAGAAAAUCUGUCACAAUCUUAAGCUAUCCACUUACAUAGAUUCUGCAUUGAAUUGACCCUCAGUGUUGGCUCUGUUUGACUGUAAUAAUUCUUAUCUGGUUUUUACAUAUGAAUGUUUUCUCUCCUACAUGAGUUUCUUUCCAUUGUGGAAUUUGAUGCAUUUUUCAGCUCUAUUUUUUUAAAACAUUUCACAUUUGUAUUUAAAUGUUGAGGGGUUUUGCUUUGAUUCAUUAUGUUUAUGCAGUACAUAUUGAAAACAAUAUUUUUGUUCUGUUAUCAGUUGUAUUUUUUUUUCUUUUUGUUUUACACACUUUAUAGUCAAAAUAAAAGUUUGCUGGUGAAACUGCA